AAUAUUGUAAAAAAAACAUUGUAUACACAUUUUACAAUCCAUCUAUUAUCCACAGGCUGUUCGGCUCAAGAUUAAACUUUUUAGAGGUAGUUUUUUUGCCGCGUCCCCUUUAAGUGGUGUUGGGUGUAGGCUGUGAAACUCAAAGGGAAGCUGAAGAGUCAAAGUGAAGAUUCAGGUUUGGUGAGGCUGGAGGACUGGAUGCGGUCGUCAUGGUGAAGGAUGUUCCGGAAAGUCAAAAAGCGCCACAGCAGCAGCAGCUCGCAAAGCAGUGAGAUCAGCACCAAAAGCAAAUCUGUGGACUCCAGUUUGGGAGGGCUCUCCAGAUCCAGCACGGUCGCCAGCCUCGAUACAGACUCCACCAAGAGCUCAGGUAACAGUGCAUCUGAAACAUGUGCUGAGUUCCGGGUGAAGUAUGUGGGAUCCAUCGAGAAGUUACAGUUUGAUAUGAGUAAGACCCUCCAGGAGCCUCUGGACCUCAUCAACUACAUCGAUGCCACUCAACAAGAUGGAAAGCUGCCCUUCGUGCCCGGAGACGAAGAGAUGAUUCUGGGAGUUUCAAAGUACGGAGUCAAAGUGGCUUCUCUGGACCAGUGUGAUGUGCUGCACCGCCACCCUCUGUACCUGAUCGUGCGCAUGCUGUGUUACGAUGACGGCCUGGGCGCAGGGAAGAACCUCCUGGCCCUCAAAACCACCGAUGCAAAGCAGGAGGAGUGCAGCAUCUGGGUGUACCAGUGCAGCAGCUCUGAGCAGGCUCAGUCCAUCUGCAAGGUGCUGUCGGCUUCAUUCGACUGCGCUCUGACAUCAGACAAAUCCUGAGAGCAGGGAGAAGGACCAGAGCUGACAUCUGUCUGGAAGAAAAAUGAAACAACUGCAAAACCAGCAACCGUAAAUCAGAUUUCCAGAAAAAAUGCAACCAUUUCCUUUUCCUCCAACUCUGUUUUUCUUCUAGAGAAAUUAACAAGAGGACAAAUCUGUGUCUGCCAGAAAUCCUGAUUCAAGCCUUUCUACAUUAGUUUAUGUGACAUUAUAUGUCCCUUUCGUUCUCCAGCAGUGGUGGAAUGUAACUAAGUACAUUUACUCAAGUAUUGUACUUAAGUACAAUUUUAAGGUACUUAUACUUUACUUGAGUAUUUCCAUUUAAUGUAACUUUAUACUUCUACUCCACUACAUUUAGCUGACGACUUUAGUUACUUUUCAGGUUGAGAUUUAACAUGAAAAACAUGGUACAUUUAAAGUAAUUAAGCAUUUUACAGUAUAUUAAGUAGUUAAAAUUAGCUCUACCUUAAUAACAGUAAAACCCUGUUUAGAUAAAACCAUCAAUACAAAUAAUGUAAUAAUAUAUUUAGAGUAUAUAAAACAAUGUGAGUGGGUCCAUUCUGCAUAAUGAGUACUUUUACUUUUGAUACUUUAAGUACAUUUUGGUGGUUAUACCUUUGUACUUUUACUUGAGUAAGUUUUGAAUGCAGGACUUUUACUUUUAGUGGAGUAAUUCUGCAGUGUGGUUUUGGUACUUUUACCUAAGUAAAGGAUCUGAAUACUUUUUCCACCGCUGUUCUUCAGUUGAGAAAGAACUUCUGUGAAAUGUCUGAAUUAUUUCCUUUCUUAGUUAUUCAGUAAGUUUAUUUUUCUUUUUGGAAAGUCUCUUUGUCUCUGUGGAAACUGUCAGACAAAUCCAAUCACAGCAAAAACACAUUGGACAACAUCACCGACAAUCGAGAGUUAAGUGCAACAAAAUUCCUGUGACAUAUGCCUCAUAUCACCCAGAUUUGUUAAACAGAGCUUUACUAGAAGGUAUGAAGGGUCUCUUAACCUCACACAUUCACAUAAAGCCAGGAACAAACGAGGAAAGUUUGGAAUAAAAGGAAAUGGUUGUGUUUCUUAAAGCACUGUAAUACAGUAUACAAUGUUAAUGAAUCAUAUUUGAUGUUAAUGUUGGUAGGAAACGGUACAUAAUGUUUGAACCCACUCAUGUGUCAGUAAUACAUGGGAGACGUUCAGAAACACGGUACACAUAAUUGACGACAUGCACGUUUGGUUCUUCUUCAUAUCUUUUAAUGUUUAGAUGUGUUUUUCUGAGAUGAACAGUAUUGGUACAAUAACAGUCACAUGUUUGACUUGAAGGUACAUUUUACAAAGAAGCUUUAACUGUGAGAGGAUACUUUUUUAUUUGUGGGAUUUAUUUACUUUUGUUGCAACAAAAAAACAAAAACUGAUACAUUCUUGGUUCAAAAGCUUGAUAUUUUUUACGUUUUUUUUAAUGUUUAAUAAUUUAGUGAUUCAUAAUGCAUUGAAUCCUUUUGACUUGCAGAAACCACAUAAAUCCUAACAGGCUGUUGGAGGCAGAUGAAAGAUUUUGGAGGAAAAAUAUGUUUACCGUCGUGGUACUUAAUGUGGUACAUUAACAUUUCCAUUCCUCAGUUUUCUGUCCUCCUUUUCAACACAGUCCUGUUAUGGUAGGUUUGAAAAAAGGGCAGCAUGAAAGGAUUUAAAUAAUUUGAUCUGGUACAGUAAAAGAUGUGGACUGCUUUUGUUUUGUUUGAUCAUUUUCUUGAUUAAAAAGGUCCCAUAUUAUAAAAUGUAAGAUUUCCAUGACU